AAGCUGGUUUGCCAACCGCCAAUAAACAGCACAGGAAGAAGAGUCCCGCACAUGUGGUCCUGCUCACAGUCACAGUGCGUGUGAUCGGAGCGAGUCGAGGUCCAGAGACAGAAGAGUUGUGCGAGCAGCGCUGGUUCAACGCGUCCCAUCUGAAACAUGAGGCCAGGGUUCAGUCCUCGUGGCGAUCGAGGAGGAAGAGGAGGACGUGGUGGUAGAGGAGGAUUUGGUGACCGAGGAGGGUUUGGUGACCGAGGAGGGUUUGGAGGACGAGGGGGAUUCAGAGGAGGAAGAGGUGGAUUCAGGUCCCCGGAAGGUGGAGGAUUUCGGGGGAGAGGCGGUGGAAGAGGUGCCCCAAGAGGGAGAGGAGGCGGAAGGGGCGGUGGCCGAGGGGGCUUUGGAGCAGGGAGGAAGGUCUUGGUUGAGCCACACAGACAUGAAGGUGUGUUUAUCAGCAGAGGGAAGGAAGAUGCCCUGGUGACCAAGAACAUGGUGGUGGGAGAGUCUGUGUACGGAGAGAAGAGGAUCAGUGUGGAGGAAGGAGAGACGAAGAUUGAGUACAGAGCCUGGAAUCCGUUCCGCUCCAAGCUGGCAGCAGCCAUCUUGGGAGGAGUGGACCAGAUCCACAUCAAGCCUGGAGCGAAGGUCAUGUACCUGGGAGCAGCCUCUGGCACCACAGUGUCCCACGUUUCUGACAUUGUUGGACCGGAAGGACUAGUCUACGCCGUGGAGUUUUCCCAUCGAUCAGGCCGAGACCUUCUCAAUGUUGCAAAGAAACGCACCAACAUCAUUCCGAUCAUCGAAGAUGCUCGGCACCCACACAAAUACCGCAUGUUAGUUGGCAUGGUAGAUGUGAUUUUUGCUGAUGUUGCUCAGCCUGACCAGACAAGGAUUGUUGCUUUGAAUGCUCACAACUUCCUGAAGAACGGAGGACACUUCGUUAUCUCCAUCAAGGCCAACUGUAUAGACUCGACAGCAGCUCCAGAGGCAGUGUUUGCCUCAGAGGUGAAGAAGAUGAGCUCUGAGAACAUGAAACCACAGGAGCAACUCACACUCGAGCCCUAUGAGAGAGACCAUGCUGUGGUGGUGGGCAUCUACAGACCUCCAGCUAAACAGAAGAAAUGAAGUGUAGGGGAAAGAUCAUGGAAAUGGAUUCCCGUUUUCAUCAGCCACCUACUUAACCGUCUGUCUGUCGCCCACCUCUCCACCUGGUCUUUUCUCCACCUGUAGAUUUGAAAAGCAUGACUAGCCCUCAGGGUAAAAUUGAUCUGGGUUUCUUUUUUUAAAAUCCUUUGACAGUUUAAUGACCACCCAGUCCACUGCUGGAGACACAUCCAAUGACAUUUUGUUACAGAUAGGCCUCUGAGUUGGUUACCAGAUUGGAGCAAGUCAUAUUUGUAAUACAUGUCUGAUAACGCAUAAAUGUUCACCUGUACAUUUGUUAUUCACAUGUUAUCAGGUCUGUGUUCAGGAUGAUUACAAAGUAAAUGGAAGCAGUCAAGUUUUGUAUAUGCACAGCCUUCACCAGCUGCUGCCCUGAGAAAUAUUUCAACUGAUUUGGUAAACAUCUGAAAAGCUUUGUCAAGACCUCUACUGUCUGUAGAUACACAAGUUUUCAUAACUAC